AAAUGCUGGAAAAGGGCGGGAACCUGUAGGAGUAGAGGAACUUAAUAUUUGCGUUGCUCUUGUGCCAGCCAUUUCUCCUCCCUUAGGUCGUUCAGAGCCGAGUCUACACAAAAGAACAAAAACCAAAAUGCCCUUACCGACGAGAGUCAGGGUGAACGUUCGCGAUCUGUGGUCCAAAGAUGAGAGCGACGUACAGAAGGCAAUUUUGGAGGUAAAGAAGCUGAUUGGAUAUGACCUUCUCGUCGAGCCUGAAUGGCAGAUACUUUGGACGGAACUCCACCAGCACUAUGACGAACCAGGCGGCUUUGUACCUGACAUCGCAAGAGUUUUCAUUGCCUGGACCAGGAGCAUUUGCGACAUAGCAGAAGAUGACAGCAACGGGAGCUGGAUCGAAGCCCUCCUUGAGAGACUCAAGAGUGCACAAGUGCUGAAGAUUCUGUUUGAUAUCAGCGACGUCAGGCCAUCGACGUCCUGGGUCGACAAUCACAAUGCUUUUGAGAUCUGUUUCCCAAAGCAAAAACCCAUCAGCAAGACCAGGAUGUGCUCCGGAUUCCAUGCCGAGCUGCUGAAGGCUUUCCAGAAACCAAAGGCCACCACGUUGGCCACCGACCCUUUCCCGUCUAGUGCUGCCGUCGAAGAUGGGUUCACCGAAGUCUACGUCUCCGAACUUGAUGCAUUAGGCGUCUCUACGCGCAAAGCUGGGGAGCAGCAUGUGCCCAAGACGCCAUCUUCGGAUGUCUUACCGAACGUGAACAUGCUGGAACGACCAGAAGAGCUGAUGAAAAGGCCACCAUACCACCUUAUUCUGACGCACGUUCAGUACGGGAAAUCCAUCUCGAUACAAUGCAGUCACCAGCCAAGCCUGCAGCUCAUCAGCGACUACUUUAGCAAAUGGACGAAGCGCAAUCACAAUCAAACGACAAAGCCGCCUGCGGCAGAAAUCACCAUGAAGGAAUCGUGCUUUGGCCUCGGACUCCUCUUCGAUCGUCUUGAACUGGAGCUCAACUCGCACGAUUACAAGCAUGGUCUGAGUCCUCCGUUGAUCUUGGCUUUCGUCGAAAGUGUGCUGGGAUACCGCAUGACGUAUCAAGACGCGUCGUCUUGGACAUUUCGUCGCGAUAUCGCAUUCGGAGAGUAGAGCGGAGAUGUAGGGAUUCUGGAAGUUGAGACCGGUGGAGCAUACAAAGUCACCCACGGCGGAAAGGGGGUUGCCCGCUGUUCUGAUGCUUGUUUCCAUUUCGACUUCCUCCACGGACGAAAGCGGGACAGAACUUCGCUCAAGCCCAUGAAAACCAGUCGAGUGAAUUGCGUAGCUAGCUCGCAACCGAUUCUACUUUGAUCAUAAAAAAAACAUCCCCAAGUUUUAUAAAGUCAGCCAAAAGGAUCA